AUUAUCUCCCCUCCUCCUUUAAUAUCUUCUCAACCCAGAGCCGUGUCAAACUCACAGGCAAGUGGGCACGAGCCGAGACGUGUGGGCUCUUUCACCUGCAGAAUGAAAGCACGCGCGGAGACGGGCUUUUCCUCUGCGGAGCGCGCGUUUUAAACGACACCACCAUGAUGCCGCGGGUCCCCCGCACGGCCACCUAAGAAGAAUGGCAUGCAGGAGCGGCUGCUGCUGCGGCUCGGGUCCGAUCAACGAGGACAACGCGCGCUUCCUGCUUCUGGCGCUCUUCAUCAUYCUCUACCUCCUCUGCGGAGCCGCCGUCUUCUCCGCGCUGGAGCAGCCCAAGGAGCGCGAGGCGAAGGCGCGGUGGGCGCAGAGGUUCGAGCGCUUCUCCCAGAGGUACAACCUGAGCGAGAGGGACUUGAAAAACUUCUUGAGGAACUACGAGGAGGCGAACGUGGCUGGGAUCCGCGUGGACACGAUCAGACCUCGGUGGGACUUCACCGGAGCGUUUUACUUCGUGGGGACUGUCGUGUCAACCAUUGGGUUUGGGAUGACCACUCCUGCCACCGUCGGAGGAAAAGUCUUCCUGAUGUUUUACGGCCUGUUGGGUUGUGCUGCCACCAUCCUCUUUUUCAACCUCUUUCUGGAGCGGGUCAUCACCGUCAUCGCCUUUGUCCUCAAGUCCUUUCACGAACGGCGCCGUAAUAAGGUUGUGCUCCCACAAAAUGGACGUUGCGUCUCUGAAGAAGGCAGAGCUGGUGGAGCUGAGGCAGGUGGAGUAGGAAAGGGCCAACAUCUCGCCGGCUGGAAACCCUCRGUCUAUUGCGUUAUGUUUAUCCUCGGAGCGGCGGCCGUCUUGGUGUCCUGUUGCGCUUCUCUGAUGUAUUCAGCGGCUGAAGGCUGGGAAUAUCUUGACUCACUCUACUUCUGCUUUGUGGCCUUCAGCACCAUCGGCUUUGGGGAUAUGGUGAGCAGCCAACGAGUCGUCUACGAGGGCCAUGCCACAGUGGCGUACCGAGUCGGCAACUUCUUCUUCAUCUUGACAGGCGUCUGCUGCAUCUACUCGCUCUUCAACGUCAUCUCUAUCGUCAUCAAGCAGGUCCUUAACUGGCUUCUYAGGAGGCUGGAAGUCCCAUGCCGCUGCUGCUUUCCGAGGAGGGGCCAACACUCGCACCGGCACCCACGACGUAACGUGGUCGCCCCGGGUCACCUCCGUGCCCGCCGAGACCCUUCGAUCGAGACAGACGCCAUCAACGAGAGUGAGACUGACACAGGGCGCAGGAUGUCUGGAGAGAUGAUUUCCAUGAGGGACUUCCUGGCAGCCAACAAGGUGAACUUGGCUAUUAUGCAAAAGCAGCUUUCAGAGAUGGCCAUCGGGCACCCGCGUCAGGCCAGCUCCUGCUCACAUCAGAAYGGUUUCUCCGGCGGCGUGGGCGCCCUGGGCAUCAUGAAUAACCGGCUGGCAGAGACCAGCGUGGACAGAUAGAGCAAGUUGUGUGGAGAUCUUUUUUUUUUUCUGAGAUGUAGAAAGCAGACGAGAAGGAGGCAAGUGCGGGCAAAAGGCUGACCUCCCACAGGAGCUAGGAAUCCAUCUCAGCCCACUUCCCUUUCAGGAACGUGGCCCCGUGAGGGCCAGAGGCUCACAUCUGGACCAGAGUGCAGGAAUGUUCGCCAGUUUCCAUGGUGAUUACAAUGAAGCCUGCCUGAAGCUUUGAAUCUGAGUUUCUUCACUUCUAACGGCAACUUCCACUCAUCUGCAGCUCUUAACAGUAACAGUCCUGUCAGUGACUCAGUUACAUAUUACAUCUGACUGUACGCUGUAGUGAURAGAGAAGAAUAGCUUCAAUAAAGUGGUUGUUUCCUGA